AUGGAGGCCAACACUGAGUGCGACUACGCCUUGGCACAGGAGAGGGGGCCAGAUGGAGGGGGUAAACACAGACUCUCAAGCAGAAAGCGUUUGGCAGAUGAGUUUGAACAGAAAAGGAGGUUGUAUGACUGCUUGCAGUGUGGGAAAAGUUUUUCCUAUCUGUCGUCACUUACUCGCCAUCAGAAAAGUCAUACCGGACAUAAACGUUUUACAUGCCUGCGGUGUGGGAAAAGUUUUCCCAAUGCAUCAAUUCUCACUAGCCAUCAGAAGACUCAUAAGGUAGAGAAGCGAUACCAUUGCUCAGAUUGUGGGAAAGCUUUUCCUAAAUUGAGUAAACUGAAAGAACACCAAAGAAACCACACCGUAGAGAGGCCUUAUACAUGCCCGCAUUGUGGGAAAGGUUUCUCUCUCUCAUCGUCCCUCAGCCGCCAUCAGAAGACUCAUUUCGUAGAGGAACCUUACAGCUGCUCAGAUUGUGGGGAAAUCUAUACGGAGUUGAGUAAAAUCAAAGAACACCAGAGAAUGCAUCCUGUACCGAAGCCGUAUACAUGCCCUCAGUGUGGCAAAGGCUUCUCAAAGCCACCGGCUCUCGCUCGUCAUCAGGAGUGUCAUACAAAGGAAAAGCCGCACUGCUGUUCAGAUUGUGGAAAAGCCUUUCGCAAUGUGACCGGAUUGAAUUUACACCAGAGAAUCCACACUGGUGAGAAGCCUUAUAAAUGUUUACAGUGUGGGAAAAGUUUCAACUUUUUGGAUAAUCUUAGGGUACACGAGAGGACUCACACUGGCGAGAGACCACAUUCUUGCUCCGUGUGUGGGAAGAGAUUUGUUACUUUAAGUUGCCUUGAAAGUCAUCUUAAAGUGCACAAUGGAGACAAACCGUAUCACUGCACAAAGUGUGGAAGUAGGUUUGCGAGAUUAGGUGAAUGGAAAACCCAUGAAAGGCUUCACACCGGCGAGAAGCCGUAUGUCUGCACACUGUGCGACAAGCGCUUUUCUCAGCAUCCUCAUCUAAAAACUCACUUGCGGACACAUACUGGAGAGAAGCCGUUCCACUGUUCACAUUGUGGCAAAGACUUCUCUCAGGGCAGCCAUCUUACGGUGCACCUCAGGACCCAUACUGGAGAAAGGCCCUAUCGGUGCCCUCAGUGUGAGAAGUCCUUCUCUACAUUGAGUACUCUUAAGGGUCACCUCAGGGUUCACACUGGAGAGAAACCUUACCCCUGCUCUGAAUGUGGAAAGUGCUUUUCCCAGUGCAGUCAACGGAACACUCACCAACGAAAGAAAAAAUGCACUGCCUACACUUGAAGGAUGGAGGUGGACAAUGAGACCUCGACACACUGGGGACGACAAGACGGAGGGGAGGAGCUAAGACUCUGCUCAAACAGGAGUUUGGCUGACUCCGGAUCCCCUACAAAACAUCAGGGAGCUCAGGAAAUAAGGUCGUA